ACAUCAACGUGCACUUUGUCAGAAAAACUCAUCAGCUCUCUGAUGAACCAAGUUAACGAAUUUGAAUGAACUAAACCCAUUUCAUUUUCUAGAAAAAUAUAUCAAAAAUUCAAGUUUAGAUCGCAAUCCGUGCAUGGCAGACCCUAGACCUUUUCUUCCAUCGGAUCCCGAUGCCCUGCCGUACACCUACACUCCUCUCCCGAAUCCGGACGAAGCUUCCGAAAUCCGAAAGAGGCAGUUUAAGGAGCUCCUAGCAGUCUUUUCUGGGUUGCUGAUGCUUUCUUUGUUGGUGGUCAUUAUUAGUAGUGACAACAAUUCUGAUUCCCAUGCAAAUAAAAAUGAGCCAGUGUUUUUGGCUAAAGAGCCUUAUACAACAAGGCCCGCCAAACUGCGCCCGGUUUCUCGGGGCAUAGCAGCCGGAGUGUCUGAGAAGUCGAAUCGGUUGGCCGAUGCUGUGGACGGGCCGGCAUUUCCAUGGAACAAUAGCAUGCUGUCAUGGCAGAGAACUGCUUUCCAUUUCCAGCCUGAGAAGAACUGGAUGAAUGAUCCAAAUGGUCCAUUAUUCUACAAAGGUUGGUACCACUUUUUCUACCAGUGGAAUCCCAACGGUGCAGUAUGGGGAGACAUUGUAUGGGGCCAUGCAGUGUCCAAGGACUUGAUCCAUUGGCUUCACCUCCCUCUAGCCAUGGUGGCUGACCAGUGGUACGACAUCAAUGGAGUCUGGACCGGCUCAGCCACCAUUCUCCCUGAUGGAAAAAUUGUCAUGCUUUACACUGGCUCAACCAAUGAGUCGGUCCAAGUCCAAAACCUUGCAUAUCCUGCUGACCACAAUGACCCUCUCCUCACCAAAUGGGUCAAGUACUCCGGCAACCCGAUUCUAGUCCCACCCCCGGGCAUCGGAUACAAGGACUUCCGUGACCCGACAACUGCUUGGUACACGUCCCAAGGCAAAUGGCGCAUUACUAUUGGGUCCAAGCUUAACAAAACAGGCAUAUCCUUGGUUUAUGAUACCAAGGACUUCAAAACCUAUGAGCAAUUGAAUGGGGUGCUUCAUGCUGUCCCUGGGACUGGAAUGUGGGAGUGUGUGGAUUUUUAUCCGGUGUCGAAAACCAGUGACAAAGGACUGGAUACUUCGGUGAAUGGGCCUGAUGUGAAGCAUGUGGUGAAGGCUAGUCUUGAUGAUGAUAGGAAUGAUUACUAUUCAUUGGGGUCCUAUGAGGAAAAGACUGGCAAAUGGGUUCCUGAUAACCAAAAGAUUGAUGUUGGUAUUGGAAUUAGGUAUGAUUAUGGCAUUUUCUAUGCCUCCAAGACUUUCUAUGACCAAAACAAGGAGAGGAGAGUUUUGUGGGGUUGGAUUGGAGAGUCUGAUAGUGAAAAUGCUGAUAUGCAGAAGGGAUGGGCCUCCGUUCAGGGAAUUCCAAGGACAGUGGUGUUUGAUAAGAAGACUGGAAGCAAUCUACUUCAAUGGCCAGUGGAGGAGGUCGAGAAAUUGAGAUUGAGCAUUACGGACUUCGACAAGGUUGAGGUCAAGGCAGGCUCAGUGCUGCCACUUCAAGUUGUCACAGCCACACAGUUGGACAUUGUUGCUGAGUUCGAGUUGGACAAGAAGGUUUUGGAGAGCGUAGCUGAAUCUAAUGAGGUGUUCAGUUGCAACACCAGCGCUGGAGGUUCCCAUCGUGGUGCUUUAGGACCCUUUGGUCUUCUUGUUCUUGCAGAUGAGACCCUCUCAGAGCAGACUCCUGUCUACUUUUAUGUAGCCAAAGGGCCGGGUGGCAAUUUUGAUACUUUCUUCUGCGCCGAUCAAACAAGGUCUUCUGUGGCUAAUGAUGUUAAGAAAAAAGUUACUGGCAGCUAUGUUCCAGUUCUAAAAGAUGAAAAAUUAUCAGUGAGGAUUCUGGUUGACCAUUCGAUCGUCGAAAGCUUUGCUCAAGGUGGAAGAACAACCAUCACAACUAGGGUUUACCCAACCAAGGCAAUUUAUGGGGCUGCUAGGCUAUUUUUGUUCAACAAUGCUACCGAGACCAGUGUUACUGCCUCCCUCAAAGUAUGGCAGAUGAACUCUGCAUUUAUCCGUCCGUACCAUCCGGACGAAACGAGCAACGCAAGCUUAAACCUUGUUACCUACAUCAAAUUCAUUGUCACAUUCUUUAUUUUUUUUACUUUAUCUUUUCUUAGAUAGGGAAGGUAAUUGAUUUAUUGGAAAUAAUAUAUCUGAGACAUGCAUUUUUAUUUA